AUGCCCUACGCCCUCCCUCCUCUGCACUGCGCCCUCAAGAUGAUGUCCCGCAAGAAGGCACUGCUGCUGCUGCUGCUGGCGCUCAGCACCCUGAGCCUGCUCAUCCACCAGAGCACGCACCUCAACUGGUCCCCCAAGCCUUCCUCCCCGGGCUGCCCCCCAGCCCCCUCGUCCCGCCCCAAGCACACCUCGGUGGCCUUCCUGAAGACCCACAAGACAGCGGGCACCACAGUGCAGAACAUCCUUUUCCGCUUCGCUGAGCAGCACAACGUGACAGUGGCGCUGCCCCACCACGCCUGCGACCAUCAGUUCUGCUACCCCCGCAACUUCUCCGCCCGCUUCGUGCACCCGCACACCCUGCCCCCCCGCAUCAUCGCCAGCCACCUGCGCUUCCAGCGCCAGGAGCUGCACCGCCUCAUGCCCAACGACACGCUCUACGUCACCAUCCUGCGCGAGCCCGUCGCCAUGUUCGAGUCACUCUUCACCUACUACAACCAGUACUGCUCCGCCUUCAAACGGGUACCCAACGGCUCCAUGGAAGCCUUCCUGGCCAACCCACUGGCCUUCUAUCGCCCCCAGGAGAAGUUCUCCAUGUACGCCCACAACACCCUGCUCUACGACCUUGGCGGGGACAACGACCACAGCCCCGCCGACCCCGCCUACCUGCCCGGCUUCAUCCGCCAGAUGGAGGAGGUUUUCUCGCUGGUGAUGAUCGCCGAGUACUUCGACGAGUCACUGGUGCUGCUGCGCCGCCUGCUCUCCUGGGACCUGGAGGACAUGCUCUACGUCAAGCUCAACAUGCGCGGUCCCCGGUCCAAGGGCAACGUCAGCUCAGAGGCGCUGGCCACCCGGAUCCGAACCUGGAACGGGCUGGACGCCCGGCUCUACGACCACUUCAAUGUCACCUUCUGGCGCAAGGUGGCGCAGGCAGGGCGGGAGUGCGUGGCGGAGGAGGUGCGGGCGCUGCGCCGGGCCUGCGAACAGCUGCUGCGCCGCUGCUUCGGGGGGCGGCCCCAGCUGCGCCCCGCCACGCAGAUCAAGAACAAGGAGCUGCGGCCCUGGCAGCCCAGCUCCAAGGUGGACAUUGUGGGCUAUGACCUGCCUCCAGCUGUGCCUGGCUCAGGUGCCCCCCCUGACGAGCGCUGCCUCAAGCUGGCCAUGCCUGAGGUGCAGUACUCCCGCUAUAUGCUGCGCAAGCAGAGCCUGCGUACCCGCCGCAGGGCCGUGCUCCACCGCCCUCUGCCCCCCCGGGGAGUCCCGCGCCCAGCCAGGGCCCUCCCACUCCGCCACCCCGCAAUGCCCAAGGCAGCCUGA